AAAUCAUAUAAUAUCAUGUUCGCCGUCCUCCAAUGAACUCUCCAGUCUCCACCAGCCGUCUCCCGGUGAUCGAAGCAGCCCCUCGCUUUUAUCUGUUGAAAUUAGCAGCUUCACCUUUUUGGUGUUCUUUAUAGGCUGAUCCAAAGGUCGAGAUCGUCCAUUAAUCUCCCAAAUUAACUUCGCAGCGAGCUUUUCCAUCUUCUACAGCUCUGCUAUUUCUAACCCGCAGUAGAACUAUUCCAUCUCUAAAACUUCUAAGCCUACAGUAGAAGCUGUGCGAUCCCAAUUCCGACGAUCAACAUCAUGUUUCGUUUCAAGCCUUGCAGUGUAUUCCGAACUGUAGCGAAUAGAGCGGCGAGUGGUUUCCUCUUUACUUCACUCACUUCCAGCUUUGUUUCGAAUGUUGCCUCAAUAAGAAAAGAAAAUCAAGAAAUUGCAUCACCAACUGUUUGCUGCAUAUUUCAUUGAGACGGCCCAUCAAAUGCAUUGGCUUGAUUGAUCAGAAGGCGCAUACAUUCAUUCCCCUUUGCUACCAUAGAUGCAGAAGAAAUUUCAGGUUCUCACCCUGCUGAAGUACAUAACUUAGUGCAGGGUGGUUGGAAGACAUCUACUGAAUGGAAUACAAUUGUAGAUCCAUUGAAUGGAGAACCAUUCAUCAAAGUGGCAGAAGUGCCAGAAGAACACCAUUUGUGGAGAGCUUAUCGAAGUGUCCAAAACAUGGUUUGCACAACCCACUCAGGGCUCCAGAGAGAUAUCUAUUGUAUGGAGACAUAUCCACCAAAGCUGCUCACCUGCUUGGACAACCUGAGGUAUCAAAUUUCUUUGCAAGACUUAUUCAAAGAGUUUCUCCGAAGAGCUACAAGCAAGCUCAAGGAGAGGUGUUUGUUACCCAGAAGUUUUUAGAGAACUUCUGUGGAGACCAGGUCCGCUUCCUUGCGAGAUCAUUUGCAGUACCUGGCAAUCAUCUUGGACAGCAGAGUAAUGGCUAUCGCUGGCCUUAUGGACCUGUUGCAAUUAUCACUCCAUUCAAUUUCCCUUUGGAAAUUCCACUGCUGCAACUUAUGGGUGCCCUCUAUAUGGGAAACAAACCGGUUCUUAAAGUUGAUAGCAAGGUGUGCAUUGUGAUGGAGCAAAUGAUCCGGUUACUUCAUGAGUGUGGGCUGCCUAAGGAGGACGUGGACUUCAUCAAUACAGAUGGCAUGACUAUGAACAAAUUUUUGCUGGAGGCAAAACCACAUAUGACUCUGUUUACUGGGAGCUCACGAGUAGCAGAAAAGUUAGCUGGUGACCUGAGAGGGCGAGUAAAGUUGGAAGAUGCAGGUUUUGAUUGGAAAAUACUUGGUCCCGACGUGCAAGAGAUUGAUUAUGUCGCAUGGGUAUGCGAUCAGGAUGCCUAUGCUUGUAGCGGUCAAAAGUGCUCAGCUCAGUCAAUAUUAUUUAUGCAUGAGAACUGGGUUUCAACUUCCCUUGUUCCUCAAAUAAAAGAGCUCGCAGAGAGAAGAAAAUUGGAAGAUUUAACCAUUGGGCCUGUUCUUACAGUUACAACAGAUCGAAUGGUGGAACACAUUGAGAAGCUGCUUGAAAUACCAGGAUCAAAGCUACUUUUUGGAGGCCAGCCCUUGGAGAAUCAUUCUAUUCCAAAACUCUAUGGUGCUUUGAAACCAACUGCCCUUUUUAUUCCAAUUGAUGAGAUACUUAAAGAUAAGAAUUUUGAGCUAGUUACAACAGAACUUUUUGGCCCAUUCCAGGUUAUUACUCAAUACAAGCAAGAUCAGCUGGCACUUGUGUUGGAGGCUUGUGAAAGGAUGCUUGCACAUUUGACAGCUGCUGUAGUUUCCAACGAUCCAAUGUUCUUACAGGAAGUUCUUGGGAGGUCUGUUAAUGGGACGACAUAUGCCGGUAUCAGAGCACGAACAACCGGUGCUCCUCAGAAUCACUGGUUUGGACCGGCUGGUGAUCCUAGAGGUGCAGGAAUUGGAACACCUGAAGCAAUUAAGCUCGUCUGGUCUUGCCACAGAGAAAUCAUAUAUGACAUCGGUCCAAUACCUCACCAGUGGAAAAUUCCACUUUCAACUUAGGAUAAGGCUUCGUUUGGGGCGGCUUUCUUACCGCUUCUUAAAGCGGCUUUUUAGUACAAAAAUUAGAAUUUUUAUACUAAAAAGUUUGUUUUAAAAAGCAAUAAAAAAAUAUUCCCAAAUGAAGCCUAAAUCUAUUGGUAAGAGGAUCAAACCAAAGGGAAAUAUACAUGAAUGUUACAAAAUCCUUAAAUAUUUAUAUACCUAAUAAUUAGAUCUUUAUAUUCAUUUAUAUAACAUCCUAAUUUUUAAAUUACAUAAAAAUAUCACUAAUGUAUUAGUGAUGUCGACAUUAGGGUGCUAUGUAUGUAUAAAUAAAUAUAAAGAUUUAGAUGUUAGAUAUAUAAAUACUUAGAAAUUUUAUGGCAUGUAUGUAAAUACCCUCAAUCAAAUUGUUUGUGAGAUGAAUAACCAUUUCGGGAUUUUGUGAUUCAAUUAUCAAAUUUCUCCAUGUAGGAGUUCAAAUGCCCCUGCUAUACAUAUUCAAUUUGAUAAAUAAAUUGGUCAGUAAUAUAU